AUGGAUGUGAGGGUAGCCCCCUGCCUGCCCCUUUGGGCUGUGCACUUCUUCCUGGCCACGUCGUGCGCCACUUUGAGGGUACUUGGUCAGGAAUCAAAGACUGAUAAUCAGCAAGAUGGCUGUAUAAAUCUCUUUCCCUGUAAAGUCAGUGGAGCCAUUUGUAUUCAACCUUGUUCUCCCUCCUUCCAUGGGGAGACAAGCUUUGUCUGUGAAGACAGAAAGUGGCAAAUGCUGACAGAUGACUGUGCAAGCCUGGAUGUUCAGUCCCUUUUUCAGAGGAUUUCUGAACGUGAACUCCUUCCAAGCUCUGAAGGACAUGUUAGUGUUGCUGGAGGACACCUUUCUUCUGUAGGGGAAAGAAAUCCAGUGCAUGGGAAGCCUGGAGGUGGAGCAAAAUAUUUUGGUGCUGAUGAACAUGGGAAUAGUAACUGCCAAGCUGAUUUUUCAUGCAUCAUCCCAGAUAUCCUGUCUUCACCAGCCAUUCCAGGAAACAUUGCUGAUAUAGUGGAGUUGCUAAAGAAGAUUUCGCUGUUGUUAUCAGAGAAUGUCAAUAGGGGGAAAAUGCAGAGCUACAGCAGGAUAGCAAACCAUAUUCUGAACAGCUCUAUCAUUUCCAACUGGGCUUUUGUAAAGGACAGAAAUGCCAGUUCGGUAUUACUGGACUCAGUGAAUUUAUUUGCUGGGAAACUUCUUCUAAGGAACGGGUCGGAAAGUAUACAGGAGCACUUCAUCUCUACAAAAGGCUACAGCAUACAUAAAAAUACUUCUGGAAAGAGCUUUGAUUUUUCUAUGGGGUUCAAUAACACAGGCAGUAUCACUGGGCGAGUGGUCAUUCCAGAAGAAGAACUUCUGAAGUUACCGAAGACUUCCAAAGCCAUUAGCAUUGCAUUUCCAACGCUUGGAGCCAUUAUAGAAACCAACCAGUUGGACCCUGGUUUAGUGAAUGGAAUGGUGUUAUCGGUGUCUCUGCCAGAAGAGCUCCGGCAUAUUUUGCUCACCUUUGAAAAGAUGAAUAAACUGGAGAACAUCAAGGCUCAGUGUGUUGGGUGGCACUCUACUGAAAGGAGGUGGGAUAACAGGGCAUGCAAAAUGAAGUCAGACAACAUCAACAGUGUUGUUUGCGUCUGCAAGCAUCACCGUCGGACAUUCAAAUCCUUCUCCAUUUUGAUGUCCCCUACCAUGCUGCGAAAUGCAGUGCUGGAUUACAUUACACGUGUAGGGUUAGGCCUUUCCAUUUUCAGCUUGGUUCUCUGCCUUAUCAUCGAGACUGUUGUCUGGCAUCACGUUACAAAAACUGAAAUAACCUACAUGCGCCACUUUUGUUUGGUCAACAUUGCUACAUCGCUUCUCGUUGCUGAUGUUUUGUUCAUCUUAGCUGCUAUUGUGCACAAUACAGCCCUAAACUACCAGUUGUGUGUAGCAGCCACUUUUUUCCUUCACUUUUUCUAUCUUGCCCUUUUUUUUUGGAUGUUCACCCUGGGCCUCUUGAUUCUCUAUGGAUUAUUAUUAAUUUUUUUUAAGAUAGCGAGAUCUGUAUUCAUAGCUACAGCAUUCUCUAUUGGAUAUGGAUGUCCUUUGGUUAUAUCUAUUCUCACUGUUGCUAUUACUGAACCAAAAAAAGGAUAUUUAAGGAGUGGAGUCUGCUGGCUCAAUUGGUAUGAGACGAAAGCCCUUUUGGCCUUUGUUGUACCUGCUCUGAGCAUCAUUGUUGUGAAUGUGGUGGUGGUGGUAGUGGUUGUAGUGAAGACUGGGAGAUCCUCUGUUGGAGAAGGCUGCAAGUCACAAGAUUUGAGUAACAUGAUCCGAAUUAGCAAAAAUGUGGCCCUUCUGACACCUCUUCUGGGCCUAACCUGGGGUUUUGGAUUAGCAACAAUUGUCGACAGUCAUUCUCUGGCAUUCCAUGUUACGUUUGCACUACUGAAUGCCUUCCAGGGAUUCUUCAUCCUGUUGUUUGGGACACUCCUGGACAGAAAGACAAGAGAAGCCUUGAGGAUGAACUGCUUUUCAUCAAAGUUGAAGUGUAGUCUAGCAAAGGUAGAGAUUUUAUUUUUUUUUCCUUUAAUGGCUUAA